AUGGAGUCGGGAAAUAGUGCAGUUGCAGAUGAAUCUAAGGACGCUUUUAGUUACAUAAAUGAACGCCCAGUGGAUGAUAUAUCAUUAGAAUUUUUUUAUAAACCACAUACAAUAACCCUUUUAGCAGUAUCAAUUGCUGCAGUCAUUUAUACUGCUUUUGUGAGAGACGAAAGCAGGAUCCAAGAUAAUAUUUGGUCUGGAAUAUGUUGUGUCAUUUUCUUUUUCUUAAUAGUGUCAGUACUUACAUUUCCUAAUGGACCCUUUACUAGACCACACCCAGCAGUAUGGAGAAUAGUAUUUGGCAUGUCGGUACUUUACUUACUCGCUUUGUUGUUUCUUUUAUUUCAAAGUUAUUCUACUGUUUAUGAAAUUAUGUAUUGGAUUGAUCCAAACUUACGUAAUUUUCAUAUAGAUAUGGAUAAGGAAUAUGCUGUUAAUUGCUCAGACUUAAGCUUGUCCCGUAUUUGGUCACAUGUUGAUGUAUUUGCUUGGGGUCACUUUUUAGGAUGGAUGUUUAAGGCUAUUCUUUUUAGACACACUGGCUUACUUUGGGCUAUAUCUAUUAUGUGGGAAAUAACUGAAAUAGCAUUUGCACAUUUACUUCCAAAUUUCUUAGAAUGCUGGUGGGAUUCUAUUAUACUGGAUGUUUUGGUUUGUAACGGGUUAGGCAUAUGGUGUGGUCUUAAAAUUUGUAAAGCAUUAGAAAUGAGAGAAUACAAGUGGGUCAGCAUUAGGGAUAUAUCAUCGACAACUGGCAAGAUAAAAAGGGCCAUACUGCAAUUUACACCAGUUUAUUGGACUCCAGUGCGUUGGUUGGAUCCAACAUGCACCUACAUGAGAUUUUUUGCACUUAGUCAACUUGUGGUGUUUUGGCAAAUUUCCGAGUUAAAUACAUUUUUUUUAAAACACAUAUUCGAAAUGCCGCCAUCACAUCCAUUGGUUAUAGCUAGACUAUGUUUAAUUGGGGUAAUUGUUGCUCCAUCAGUAAGGCAGUAUUAUACCUAUGUCACGGAUCCGAGGUGCAAGAGAGUCGGAACCCAAUGCUGGGUUUAUGGAGCUAUCAUGGUCACUGAAUCAAUGCUGUGUAUAAAGAAUGGCAAAGAAUUAUUUGGACAAGCACAAAUGUGCAAUGUGAUUGUAUGGCUAGUCUUACAAAUUCUAGUCUCAGUAGGUUGUGUAUAUGGAGUUGUACUGUAUCACCGAUAUUUUGAGCCGAAUAGAGAAGCUGCUAUUGACAGUCCUAAGAAGGAAAAGUAAACAUCUAUCAUUUGGUCAGGUGUUCGCCAGAAGAUACAAAUAUAGCAGUGUUAUAAUGCUAAAGCUAUUUAUGUUACAAUAAUUAUGCCACACCAAAUACUAUUUUUAGCUUGAACUAGUUACCUCGUUUUUUGUGGACUUAGUAGGUUAAAUAAAAAAGUGAUGUUUUGCUCAUUAAUGCUGUUUUGUAUGUUGUUUUUCAAUAUAAAAAUAGGUAAUUGAAUCUUCCACAUGAUAAUAAUAUAAAAAUGUGAGUUAUGUAGAUAAUUUUCAUAAUUAUAGAAUAUAUCCCUAGAUCCGG